AAGUUGAAACUUUGUCGCAAGGACAUUUAUUAGGUAUUAAGUUUGUGAAAUUUUGUAAGGAAAUGUAGUGUGAGAGGACGCCUUACACAAAUGUUCUUUUACAUAAAGGUCAAGAGCUGGGGUCACUAGGCUUCCUUCCAGUAGCUAUAGCACUACCGCAGGGGAGGCACUUGGCUGGCUCCUGGAAACAGACUUUCCAAACUCUCAAACUCUGCAAAUCGGUGAACCACCACUUCACGCUCCAGAAGCGCAUUCAUUUAUUCAUUAUGGGCAUAGAAAACAAUGUCUCUGCAUCCAAAUCAACACAUCUACAGGACCAGGACCUACCAACCUCUAGUAGCCCCUGUGGGUGGAUGAACAUAGGGAAACCCCCCUGUAUAUUCAUAUUUGCCAGUUUUUACGUGUGUUUUGUGUCCAGAACAUUACAAAAUGAGUGUAUUUGAAGCCUGCUCCGCAAUUGGUAAAGAUUUGCUGGCCAAGAUCAUAAAAUCGCAAGUGCGCACGGCGCCGCUACGCAAUUUUUUUAGCUUCCAAAUUCCAUUAAUUGGUUCCGCAACUUUGAAUACCGCAGCAAUUCGAACUGCUCUUCUAGUAAGUGCGGAAGCUCAACCGCGGCUGCAGCAUUGUGGUUUUUUUACAAACGUGGUACAAUGCAUAAUGCAGGACGCAAGCUCAAGAGCGUCUUCGAGGCCUCCGGCCACAACUUGGAAAGUGGUAGCUUGUGGCUCAAGAAGAAGCUGAACUUCCGUAGAGGUCGUACUGUGAUUCAGGAAACUAUCGCACCUUGCAAGGCCGAGACGUCCAAGAUGAAGAUGUUCAAACUUUCAAGAAAUAAAAAGGUAAUGAAGAAAAAAAUUCAACUACAAUUUCUCCGAACACUCAGAAAACAGACACGCACCAGAUCUGCGGCUGAAUCUACUGGUUUAACAGAACCAAAUCUGCCGAGAAGUGGAGGUGAAGGUCAGAAUCCAGAACAAGAUUCUUAAAGAGAAAAUACACUGCACCAGAUGACCAACGCUUCUGUCAGUGAGCUUACACAAAAUUAUAGUGUGGAAUAUUUUUUUAUACUUAUAUUUAUUUUUA